AGGCCAUUCCCGUUAUAUUUUGCGAGAAUUGAAAGAGCAUUGCAUUUUGCUCGCCACAAGUGAGACAAACGCCGUGAUUUUUCAGUGGAGAAUGUGCCUUUUUAAAAACAAAAAUACUGUAAUUAACCUUACUUCAAAUCACUUCUUUGCCACAUAGUUUACUUGAACCACAAUCUGGCUUCCCAUCUCAGUGCGUAACGGAAACCGGAGGAGCUGUGACGCAGCCAGCCAUCAUCUCAACUCCGCGCAUUGGAGAGGUUUCUGGGAACACAUCAGAUGUUUGCCAAGGUAACACGCCACCUGAUCAGUGAGACCGACCCCGACGGCUCCCUGAUCGCGGUGUCGCGCCUCACCGACUCGGAUAAGCUGCAGCCCCUGGCGGUGGUCCUGAAGAGCCCCAGGAGGUGGCCAUGGCAGAGGCCCAAGUACAGACCCACAGACUUCACCUUAGCUCAGGUCACCUGCGGGAGGAAGACUCUCAAACCAGUGGUGGUCAAAUCGGACUUCUUGAACUACGAGAGCACCUAUGCUGGAACCUUGGGCGGGACCCUGAGUGCAGAAAUGGGAGUGGCCAAUGUGAAAGCAGAGGGGAAGAGGAGCUCCAAGGUCCAGUCAUCCCUCGGACGACUCUUCAAAGAGGUCGUCGACAUCAACAGACUCAUGAAGGACUCCAAGGACAGGUUGGUGGAUCUGGAGCAUCCCCAGGUGCAGCAGUCUCUGUGUAAGAGGAAAGUGAUGACGGUCCUACAGCAACGCAUCCUCACAUCCGACUCAUGCUGCUUGAGGUACCAUGGACUGGGGGCCGGCAGCUGUGGGGGAGUCUUGUCACUGCUGAGGGCAAUCCCACUGAAGUUGAGUGUGAGUGAUUCCUCUAUGGACAGUGACGUGUCAAUGGAGAUCCCGGCAAACACAGUCCUGGCGUACAGCAUCAUGGAGCUCAGAAUCAAGAGGGACGGACAAUACGAGUUUUGCUUCCAGGAUGAUGUCAGUGGGGGCUUUGACUGUGAUCUCAAGGACACUCUUGAGGAGGAUGGCGGUGAUGUGUGUGAGACCGAUGGAGGCCUGAAUGGGACAAACUUGCUUCUCAGCAGCAACAACUCAGUAGAGCUGUCAGAUCUAAAAGCGGAGCUGGCUGCCUUGUCCAAGUUGGAUGCGGAGUCUCGCUCCUCUCUGCUCUCUGUGUUUGAGUCCUCUCUCCUGGACCAGCACCGAGACCUGAGCCUGGACUUCCUCAUCUUACUGGAGGACUGGUUAGAUGACUGGUGUUCAGGUGAGGUUGCUGACGUGUCCGACUGCAAUGAUGUCCAAGGGCUCCAGACCAUCUUCAAUGUGCUGCGCUCUCUACCAAACAGUCAGCACACAGCUCCUCAGCAACCAGCCACGGCUGUCAAUGGCAAGCAUGAAGGGGGAUCCAGCCUUGGCUCAGCCAAUCAAACAUCAGCACCUGAUGACGGACAGCUGGACGCACUACUUGUGGGUCGGGCACUACACCUGCUCGUCAGCGCCUCGCUGGAGUUGACCAGCGAUUGCUUGCAUUUGAUCCAGUCUUUCUACUCGGAUGGACUUCUGUCUCCUCUCAGCCAAAUCAUGGCGCCUCUGCUGUGUUCCCAGCCCGUGCCUCUGGAUUCCGUCCCCGCUCCCCUGCAGUCUGAAGCGGCCUCUGGCAGGGUCCAGGCCCUCUUCAGCUCUGCUGGCCUCCAGCUUGCCACUCACACAGACAGCCUUCUGCUGGAGCCCAAUGACGCCGCUGGAGUCCAGCCAGUCACCAUGGGGGUCGUUGUCCAAGGACUAGCUAAUUUGAUGUCUGGUGAUGUGUAGGAGAGAUGCAGCUGGUAGUGGUGUGGUGUUUGUAUGUGUCUGAAGAACAAACUCGUCAGUCAUUAUCAUUUCUGAUGACAAUUAUGAAAAUCUCACUGUAGUCAGUGACCGUGAUUGUCAUGGUGCAUGGUGAUUGGCUAGUCUGAUGUCUAUGUCAUGUAGUCUGUGACAGAGCCAUACAGUGAACAGAGUUACGCGAUUGGAGGACCAGGAAUUAAAUUGCAGCCCCGCCUUUCAGCGAGAUAAGGGAGUGCCUAAAGCAGCUGUCUUCCCAUAGACUCAACAUAGAACCACCACAUUAACAGCCAAAAAUAAGGACUAACGAACUAUACUGCGGGGUAAUCACCACAAAUAUGUAAAUUAUCAACUGUCUCGGUGGUGAUAAUCACAACACUUUUAGCACCUGUGAUGUUUAUCUGAAGUUAUUACUACGAACAGCAAGUCUUGUCAUAUUCCAUGCAUUGCAUCGCAUUGCAUUUGCUGUGUGCUACGCCCACUACUAGGAACUAACAUUCACAACGCUGAGCAGUACUGAGAAGCUAAAACAGCUAAUUUUGCUAAUGAGGAAGUCGGCCUUAGGACACAGCGGAGAUCGCCUGACUCUGUUCACUGUAUGGCUCUGGUCUGUGAGUGGUGAUUGUUGUAGAAGUGUUUGUGUCUGCCUUAGCAAAGGCAACAAAAAGCAAAAAUGUGCUGCACACAUUGUGUAUUACAGAGUUGUCUAUUUUAAUAA